AUGACUACGCCGUUAGAUGAAAGCAUAACCUUGAACCCAACACCAUAUAUACCCAGCCCACACUCCUCUGCAAAACCCUAGGCACAAAUCAGAUUUAAUACUUUCCGCCUAUACGCAUCCAAAAAAAAUGGCGACUCAAUUGAGCAAGAAGAGAAAGUUCGUCGCUGACGGAGUUUUUUUCGCCGAAUUGAACGAAGUGUUGACAAGAGAGCUAGCUGAGGAUGGAUACUCCGGUGUGGAGGUUAGGGUUACGCCGAUGCGCACUGAGAUUAUCAUCCGCGCUACUCGCACUCAAAAUGUUCUAGGAGAGAAAGGAAGGAGAAUCAGGGAGCUCACUUCUGUUGUACAGAAGAGGUUUAAGUUUCCUGAGAAUAGCGUUGAGCUUUACGCUGAGAAGGUUAAUAACAGGGGUCUCUGUGCUAUUGCUCAGGCUGAGUCUCUCCGAUACAAGCUUCUCGGAGGACUUGCUGUCCGCAGGGCCUGUUAUGGUGUCCUGAGAUUUAUCAUGGAGAGUGGAGCAAAGGGUUGUGAGGUCAUUGUUAGUGGGAAGCUGAGGGCUCAGCGUGCUAAGUCCAUGAAGUUCAAGGAUGGUUACAUGAUCUCUUCCGGUCAGCCAGUGAAGGAGUACAUUGACUCAGCUGUGAGACACGUACUUCUAAGACAGGGAGUCCUCGGUAUCAAGGUCAAGAUAAUGCUUGCCUGGGAUCCCAAAGGAAAGCAGGGUCCAAUGACUCCUCUUCCCGACCUUGUGACUAUUCAUCCACCAAAAGAGGAAGAAGAAUAUCGUCAACCUAUUGCUACUGCGGUGCUGCCCACAGCUGACAUAGAUCUGGGACCUUCACCCAUUCCCGGGCAGAUCCCAGUAGUUUAAAAUUUUGAUUAUCAAAGUUGUGAACCAUGAUAUAAUUUGAGCAGAUUCUAGUGUUCUUUGAGCUGUUAUUUAUUAGUUUGUGGGAAUGUUUGAUAUCUCAUACUGUUAUUUUAUACACAACUUUUAUUCUCCA